CGCACAGCUGACACCGGGCUUGGAACAAUCUCAAACUCCAAUAACUAUUACGUUUAAAAUUGUUUUGGUCCACUGUUAGACCUGAAAUCCAGGGUCCGGUACACCUUGGUAUUGUAGACGUUUUGAGUGUUUGUUUGAAUAGCCUUGUCGUAUCGGUGAUCAAUGAAUGUUUCUACAUGUAGACUAUGCCCGACGGUAUGUAGCCAAAAUAUACGCACGUGUGACAUGCAAAUAGGUUAUUUAGUGUCCCGUUAUUAGGUUGAAAAACAACGAGGGCGACCAAAGGCACCCGUUUUGGAAUAAAGUUACAGUGAUCUCCUCAAACCAGUUAGAUGGAUACGCUAGACGUCUUAAACCGCGAAAGGAAGGAUGAAGUUCAAGAAGACUCAUCCACAGUGGAUGCGGCGAGCGAGCAUACCCAUCAUGUCGCUGGAAUUCGAAUGUGCGGAUCCACUCCUCUCAUGUGGCGUGUUACCGAUCUGAAGGUAGCUCGUCAGGCCGGGGUCAUCGGAUCUUUGGUGGGCUCGUUAGCGAGGCAGCCACGCCAGAACACCAGACUCGGACGACCUCUGGAACUCCUGGACGAGGAAGCUCGACUGCUGGCCGAAGAGGGCAAAGCUGUUGUCCUUGCUGAAACAGAUGAAGAAGGAUUGGACCGGUCAGCUCUAGCUGAGCGGUGUAAAGAAGAUUUAGAGCACAGUCACCAAGUGCAGAGUGCCCUGUCUCUGCAGGACAGGAAAGCAGUGCUACAGCGGGUCCUGAACGACACACCAAACGAGGGCUCAGUGCUGGAGCGCCUGGCAGCUUUGGAUCGGGAUUUCUCUCUUCCCGUCUCCGCCAUGACUGUGCAGCUGUGCACUGCCAGGGCAGGCCUCAGUUACCACGACGACGAGAGAGGCUUCCUGACUGCCAGUUGGCCCGCGCGGCAGGAUGAGCGAUCCCAGACCAGGUUCCUUGUCUACCAGGACCUGCGCAGGAGAGGGUUCUUCCUUACCUCUGCCGGGAAGUUUGGUGGAGACUUUUUAGUUUACCCUGGUGAUCCCCUUCGCUUCCACGCCCACUUCAUCGCGGUAUGCGUUGCCAUGGACGCAGACACGCCCCUCUGUGACAUCAUGGCGCUGGCCCGACUGGGAUCUAACGUGAAGAAGACGGUGGUGCUGUGUUCACCCCGCGCCACACAAACGCAGUGCGAGGAGAACAUGGAGGACAGAGAUGACGAUGAAGAAGAUGAUGAUGAUGAGGUGGUGUACACGUCCCUGCAGUGGAGCGGUAUGGUUUGACAGUGGGUGCAUUCCAAUAUGCGACCUUGCGUCCUCCACUUGUGCUUGUGGCCUCACGUUUUGCUGAAGCCCCGCCUUCGUGGAGAAAACAAUUAAGUUUCCCCGCUGUCAGCCUAGCCACAACAAUUUUUGGGGGACUAUUUUUCAUUCACCAUCCAGUUUGCAAAUGAGAAAAUGACUGUACAAUUGAGCUCUUGUGAGAUACUGAAAUAUAAUGCUGUUGUCAGUGAUGUCAUCACGACGUAUUGCUUCCUGGUACGAGGCCACAAGCACAAGUGGAAGACGUAAGGUCUCAUGUUGGAACGCACACAGUGACAUUUGAACACUCACAGAAGCCAUGUGGUUCAUGCAAGUCAGAAUCUCGCCUACAUCUUCCUGAAACUUUGCGGUCUCUCUGUUUUUGGGGCUGAAAAUGUCAUCUGAUAUAACAUCAACGGACAGUUUGCGCCUCGUGUGGUAGUCAUAGUAACAGGACUAGCUGAGGAUGUCGCAGAGAUUGUUGGCCUUGACAAGCGAGAAUAUGGAAGGUUUUUCAAAUGUUGAGGUUUACAGUCGUCAGAUGCAAGUAGUUCAUGCAGUAUAUGCAGGAAUUAAAGAUGCAUCAUGAAUAAAAAAUAUAUGAUUGCAUAUGGUUGUGUAGUAUGGAGGGACCAAUUAAAGUAAAUGCUAGUGAAUCUUAUGCAUUAUUUUUUUUGUUAAGUACCAAAAGUGCCAGUUGGUCAUAUAUUGUAACUGUAAUAUAAUUCCUUUUGUAUUAGGCUAUCACCAUACAUAUCUUUAAGUAGAUGCAGUUUCCCCUUUUGGAUAUUCAACUGCAACCAUACAUCAAACAACAUGUCAUUUUCUUAUAACCUACAUCUUUUCCUGUCUAAUAAAUAGACUCACUUGGCAAUGAAAUCGGAUAGAACUCAACAUCAAAGCAUCAAUACCGAUGCCUUCAUGGCCGCCUUGAAAGUGAAUGUCUCCAAAUAUUAACCACGUUGAGAGGCUUUGGGAUAUGCUUGAAAAGGCUUGGCAGAGUGGUCAAACUCCAAUGUCAUCAAUGCAAAAUGAUCUUUGAAAAUGUAAUGGGAAUAAGUCUUGUGACUUUGCAGACACCAAAACAAUGGCAUAGUAAAUGUGUGCCAUAAUAAAAGCUAGAGGCGGUACAGCUUCA